AUUUCACGCGGAAGAAAAAAAAAAAAAAAACUUUAUUGAGCAAUCAGAUCUCAUCGUCAACUUCAAAUCGGAAAGCUAACCGUCUCCGAUCUCACACACACCCAGUGAAUGGCAUGGAACUAAUCUCAUCUUCAACAAUCACAAACUCAGCUCUAUGCUUAACCCUAAUCUCCACCCUCACCUUCUUCCUCCUCCUCCUCCACACUCCACCCACUCCCACUCACCCUCAUCGCUCUCUCCUCUCCGCCUCCUCUCCUCCCGAUAAUGCCUACCUCUCCCUCCACUUCUGCGUCUUCAACCAAAACCUCCUCCUCACCAUCCCCUCCCUCUCCCUCCUCGUCCUCCUCCACUUCUACAUCCUCAUCACCACCGCGCAGGCCCACUUCUCAGUCGUCACCACCAAGCUCGCCGACCGACUCAGCCUCUCCCCCAGCAUGGCCGCCGUCACUCUCCUCGCCCUGGGCAACGGCGCCCCCGACGUGUUCGCCUCCGCCGCCGCCCUCCGCGGCGGACAGUACCGGACGGGGUUCGGGGCGAUCCUGUCGGCGGGAACCUUCGUCUCGGCUUUCGUGGUCGGGUUCGUGGCGAUCCACGCGGCGCCGUUUCAGGUCGAUGCGGCGUCGUUUGUGAGGGAUGUGAUGUUUUAUUUGGUGGGGGCGAGUUUCUUGUUCUAUGUGUAUUUGAGUGGGGAGAUAUUCGUGUGGCAGGCGGUUGGGUUCGUUGGGUUUUAUGUUUUCUUUGUUGGGUUUGUGUUUUGGAUGGAUUUUGGGAGUGGUGGUGUUGAGAAAGGGAAGGUUGUUAUCAGUGAGGAGGAGAAGGACUUUUUGAGAGUUGAGAUUGUUGGUGUUGGUGUUGGUGUUGGUGAGAGCUUUAAAGCUGAGAAAGAGAAUCGAUUUUCCCGAGUUUUGAGGCUUUAUGGGAAGAUAUCAAGAAUGUGGGAGACUCCUGUGUCAGUUCUUUUGUUGCUUACGAUCCCAAAAACGUCUCCUUCUGAAUGGUCCAGGUUCUACCGAUCUGCCAACAUUGUCUUCUGCCCUCUUGCCCUUCUGUACGCUUGCAACUCAUUUGUACCACUAAACCAUCCAAUCUCAUUCCUCUUCCCAAACACCCAUCUCCCACUCUGGCUCGUAGUUCUCUUCAUGACGUCUUCCCUCGCUUUCCUUCACUUCACAAUCGAAAAACAACCUCCCAAAACCGAGCAAAUGCCAGUCAUCAUCUUAGCUUUCGUAAUGAGCGUUUUCUGGAUAUCAACCAUCGCGGGUGAGCUCCUCAACUGCUUGGCUGCGCUUGGAACCCUCCUUGAACUGCCUCCGGCGCUCCUCGGCCUAACCGUUCUCGCUUGGGGAAACUCUGUCGGCGACCUUGUUGCUGACGUUGCAGUUGCAAAGGCGGGUCGACCAGCGAUGGCCAUGGCCGGUUGCUUUGCUGGUCCAAUGUUUAAUAUGCUUGUUGGACUUGGAACGGCCUUGGUGAUGCAGACGGCUAAUGUGUAUCCAAACGCUUAUGAACUUGGAUUCCAUGUUGGUAUUGUGAUCGCUUUCGUCUUCUUGUUGCUUAGUCUAAUGGGAUCACUGUUGGUUAUAACCUGGUCUAGAUUCCGAGUUCCGAGAUUCUGGGGGGUCUGUCUUGUAGGACUCUAUGUAGUCUUCACGUUUGUUAGUUUGAUCAUCGCCACGUUUUCAACCUGAGCACAUGCUGUGCUGGUUAUAUAAGCUUCACUAUUGUUGUUGUGAUUGUCUGUGAGGCAGAUUAGUAAAGGGUUGAUAGAUAGGUAAAAUUACAUGUGAAGAGCAAAGAAUAUGCAUAUGAUUUUUUGGGAUAA